GCCGUCGCCAAUAAGGAAACAUGGACCGCUUUGUCAAGUGCCCAUCGUGCAACGUGAACAUUCCGAAACAGGACCUGCGCGAAGUUGAUGGUGACAUGCAUUGCACAGUGUGCAAGGCUCGUCUGCCGUCGGAAGUCCUCUCUUCGGCGGCCUCGGCUUCCACCGCACUCAAGACGAUAACCAAGCGGCGAUGGGUUGAACUCAAGUCCAAACGUGGGCGAACGUACUAUCACAACAACGACACGGGAGAAGAUCGGUGGGACAUGCCGCCGGACUUUGCCUUCGUGUCCACUGUCAAUGCUGCGGACGACGCGGCUACGAUGGUCAACUUCAAGAACGACGAUCCCGUGCGCAAUGCGAUCCUUCUUCAGCAAAACAAGCAGGAAGCUCGCAAACAAGGUGUUGCCGAAGACGUGAUUGAGACACUCGCGGCCAAAGUUGCUGCUGAACAAGCCGGGAACUCGCUGCAAGGCCAACUCGCAGCGUUGGAAAAAGCACAGAAAGCUGCGAAAGAGACGAAAACGGUAAACGGACCGCCGCCAGCACCUGCUCCGGCACUAAAUGGUACGCCCAAACAGCAUGAAACCACUGCCAGCCAAGCUAGUUCGUGCACUCUGAUGUAAUGGCACUUCCACGGCCGCAUCCUUCUUGAAUCGAUGUGUGCAUGGCAUUGACAGCGAUGCAAUGUAGCUGAGAACAUGAACACUGCAUUUGAGGUACCUGUCGACGAAAGGCUUCGGGCAGACAAAUCCAAAA